AUGACCUUAAACAUUGCGGCAAUUUCCUCUCGUGGAGAGGCAAACGGAAUAACCAUGUUGUUAGAUGUCGCUUGGAUCGAGCAAUGGCUAAUAGCGACAUCAGGACGCAGUGAAUUCCUUCGUUUUGAAGGAUCAGACCAUCGGCCUCUGGUAACUUCCUUUGAUCCUGAAAAGAAGAAAAGAAAAGGUCUUUUUAGAUAUGAUAGACGUUUGAAAGAACAACCUGAAGUUCUAAAGCUAGUUAAAGAAGCCUGGAACUCUGAUCCGGCUACUUCAGUGGAUCAACGUCUUCAUCACUGCAGAACAACUAUCAUCAAAUGGAGCAAACUCCAACUGCAAAACAGCCAAAAGGAGAUAAACUCUCUCAAAGACCAGUUGGAAGAGGCUAUGAUUGAUGAUGUUGCAACACAGAGUAGUAUUGACCUAAUUAAUCAAAGCCUCCAAAGAGCAUAUAAACAGGAGGAGGAGUUCUGGAAACAACGUAGCCGUCAGUUGUGGCUUGCUCUUGGAGACAGAAACUCUGGAUACUUCCACGCUUCAACAAAAGGCUGA